UUGGCCUGGGUUGGGAACUUAGCUAGAGUAGAACUGAGCAGUUGUGGAAGAUCUCUUGGGGAAGCUGUUACCUCAGCCUUAAGCUGAGACCCUGGACAAUUACUUCUGGAACCGGGGCCCAACCGGCUGGGCCAGGCCGCCCACUCUUAGCACCUGGAUCCUGACCUAUGACUCGAGUCCCCGCCUCCUCCAGUUUAUAGCCCUACAGCCCGGCCCGCCCACCGCAUAGCCAAUACUUCACCACUAGCCUGACGGCUAGGCUGUGCAAGGCGCCCCAGGAGUCAUGGGUAUGUGCGCGGGGUUCGGGGUGGCUCUUCUGCACCCCACUCUCCGAAGGGCAGAGUCCAGGGACGUUCUUAGCCCGCUCUCCGCCCGCAGAGGUCCUGGUCCUGGCCAGAUACCAUGCGCAGACGGAGGACGAGCUGAGUCUGGCGCCCGGGGAUGUGGUCCGGCAGGUACGCGCGGGGCCGGCUCGAGGCUGGCUGCAUGGGGAGCUGCGGGGCCGCCUUGGGCUCUUCCCCAAACGCGUAGUGCAGGUCACCCCGUCAACUCUCGGGGACCCCAAAGAUGGUGCAAAGUGAACUUCAACUACAGUCCAGAGCAGGCAGACGAGCUGAGGCUUCAAACUGGGGAGAUUGUGGAAGUGAUAAAGGAGAUUGAGGACGGCUGGUGGCUGGGGAAGAAGAACGGGCAGUUGGGAGCCUUCCCAUCCAACUUUGUGGAAUUGCUGGACAGUGGGUCCCCAAGCCUUGGAAAUACAGACAUGCCUUCAGUCAGCCCUAAAUCACAGAGGCCUCCUAAGCUGAGCAGCUUGACCUAUGACAGCCCUCCAGACUACCUGCAGACAGUCUCCUGCCCUGAGACCUGCAGGGUUCUGUUUGACUACCAGCCUGAGGCCCCGGAUGAGUUGACGCUGCAGAAGGGGGACCUGGUGAAAGUUCUGAGAAAGACAACAGACGAUAAGGGCUGGUGGGAAGGAGAGUGCCAAGGCAGAAGAGGAGUGUUCCCAGACAACUUUGUGCUCCCUCCACCCCCAAUCAGGAAGCUGGUCCCACGGAGAAUUAUACCUCGGGAGUCAGCUCCUAUUAAGGAAACAAAAAAGCUGAUGCCCAGAUCCUCCCUACCCACUGGGAAGAAGGUGGCAACAUCCACCCCUGCACCUAGCAAAGCCAAGACAUCUUUAACACCCAGUGGAGACAGCCAGAAACGACCCUCCCGAGACCCCGGAUCCAAUGGCGGCUUCCUCAAUGGGGGGCCCAGGCAGCCUGGGAGAAAGCGGUGCAGAACCCAGGCUUCUCAGCAGCGCUCUGCAUCAAAUCAGGAGGAUGAACAGAGGAGCUCAGGGAAGACCCCUUCCAGGAAAAAAAGCCCCACUCCAGAUAAGACUCGGCUUCCAGAUAAAGCCCUUGGCCCGGAGAAGGUCCCGGCGUCUCCCAAAGUGUCCACGCCAAAGGACCCUGUUCCAGAGAAAGCCCCGGAUUAUGAUGAAAUUCCCACUGCAGAGAAUACCAGUCUGGACAAGGCUGUCACUCCAGAGAGUACCCUUUCUGUGGAUGAGGCCCCUGCCCUAGAAGCCCCAACCAAGGAUGAAGCCCUUGACCCAAAGAUGGCCCUUCAUGUGGACAGUGACCCGGUACUAGUAAAGAUCCUGACCCCAGAGCACAUACUUUUUGAAGAGGAGUCUCCUAGAGACAACACUCAAUGCCAGCACUUGCCUGAGAAAGAAACCACACAGGGGUGUGAGUCUCUUGCCUCCCAAAGUGACAUCCAGGUGCCAGGAGACUACCCCCACCCUUCUCAGUCUGCAGAGAGGUGUUCCCUCUGCGGUAUACAGCAAGACAGCUCCCCAGCCCAGCCCGAGGCUGAGGAUGGGGCCAAUUUUCUGGAGGGGCCGCCAGCCAAAGAUGAGACAACCCUGAACGAGGCACUCCCCAAAGAAGAGCUGCCUUCUGAAGGGGUGGGUCCCCAAGAGCAGGUGCCUCCUAAAGAGCCAGUCCCCACUCCCCAAGUACCACAUUCUGUCAAGCAGAUUCCAGACUCUGAAGAAACUGCCACACUUCAUCCUGUGGUCCCACUAAGUUCCUCCAAACCCAAGAAUGACAGCGAACCCAAGAAUGACAAUGAAUCCAAGAAUGACAGCGUAGAUAUAGAAUCGUUAAAAGAACAGGUGGGAAAGCUAAAGAGUGUGCUGGAGCAUCUGGAGUCGAAGCUGGAAGAGAAGAUGAAUGAUGUCUGGGAGGAGCUGAAGACUGGGAAAGAGAAGCUCCGGUCGUUAGAGGUGGGUGGAAUGCCGACCCAGGAGGGAAGAGGGCAGCAGCUUUGGUCCCUGAUGCCCUUUCCCGACUAGGUUCAGAUGAUGCUGAGGAACCAGAAGUCCUUCAAACACGCGCAGACACAGACGACAUGAGGGCGAGUACAGGCGGAGCCUCAGCCCGACCUGGAGGGACAUCCAUCCCGCUCGGGCCACCCGGUCUUUGCACACAACUUUGAGAAACUCCAAGGAAGUAAAAACUCUGAACUCUCAGACCAGCCUGGUCCGUGUGGGGCGGGGCCGGCCAGCAUACCGCCCCUGCGCACGCACGCAUUCCUGGCGGUCUCUCUUGGGCACAUCUGGCCAACAUGUGGCUCCCAUUACCAUUCUCAAGCCCUGUGCAAGGCUAUUUUUAUCCACCGGAUGGUUGGGGGCGGGGGUAGUCUCCUUCGGACGCCAGUGCUGCUGCUGCUGCGCUGGAUACAGGGUGGAAUGGCCCGGACCCUCAACUGGAUUCAGGAACCCAGCUGAGUGCUAGAGGGGUGGAGCCAGCCUCCUCUGGGCCCAGCUCCGCCCAGUCAGCCUCUGCUCAAAGGGACUCCAGUGUCCACUCACUUGGAAUGAUUCUUGGCCCAAAACUGUACUCCCAGCUCCAUUCAGGCACUAAGUCUAACAGAAUUAGCAUGAAGGUCGGAGGAGCCUUGGGCCUCCCUAUGUGAUUGCAGUGACAUCCCAGGUCAGGUCGCAGGGCAGGGAACUAGGUGACUAUUUGUCCAAGUGUUAAAGCUAGGAAGGAAUGUAUCUGUGAGGAAUGCUGCUAAUAUCCACCCUGUGUGCAA